AUGUCGCAUCUGCAAACGCCAUCCAGUCAGUCCUCUCCAUCACCUGUUGCUUAUGCAUCAGGAGUUUCUGGUGGUGCACCCAGUACACCGACACAGCGAACUCCCAUGUAUCCUCAAACACCAAUUGCUACUUCUCAACCUCAUCCAUCUAGACCACAACCUUCGCAGUACCCACCACCGUCUUGCUAUCAACCAAAAGGACAACAGCAUAUGCAGUAUCCUGUACAGUCUCCUGUUUUUCGGCAACAGCAGCCUCAAUCGGUGUCAGUUCGAACCUACCUUGGCAACCAACCAUCCUCAAUGCCUGCAUCCCAAUCUUAUAGUUAG